AUGGCUCGCACCAAACGAAAAUCCCCUGCCAUUGCAGCUGCUUCAUCUUCCUCGUCCGCAUCCGACAAUGCUCCUGUCGCGGCAUUACGGAAGAAAAUGAAACGUAAGCAAAAUAUGCCGAAAUCUAAAUCGGUUAGUGAGUCUUCUCACUCGUCCAAAGGUAUCGAAACACCUAAAUCCACACCAGAAAAGAAAAAGGCGGUACAGAAGCAAGGGACGGAUGCUCAAAAGAAAAUGGGUUGGUUGGGUGUCUGUGAAUGCGCAAAUGAAUAUUACCCUAGGCUUGUACAAGAAUUUUAUAGAACCUUGCGCACUGUUGAUGAUGAGGAUCGAUUUGAAGUCAUUUUGAAUACAAAUACAUAUAGUGUCUCUGUUGAAUUGAUAGCCACGGCUUUAAAAUUGCCCAAUGAUGGAAAUAGAAUUUCCACGCAUAAGGAUGUUGCUAGAGUAGCAGGUUUUAAUCUGGUUGAGUUUGAAAAUGAGGUAUUUCCUGCUAGCACUACCAAAAAUGAGAAAUCCACCAGUACCAAAGCCCUCCAGCAUAUCAAAAUUAUUCACAGUAUGGUAAACUAUGUGUUCUGUCCGAAAUCUGGCAGUUAUGGCUAUCUGAGUCACUUGGACAUGUGUAUUAUGUGGCACAUUGUGAGUAAAGUUAGGUUGAAUUUAGCCUACUUAAUUUUCAAAAACAUGUGCAAAGCCUAUGGAAUUGGCAAACUGCCCUAUGCACACUUGUUGACUGCUGUGUUUAAAGAGCUAGAGGUGAAUGUCACUAAGGAAAGCUCUAGGGCUGACUUGAUAGUGCUUAGAGAAAUACAUUCAGACACUGAUGGGAGAAAGACCAGAUUUGAAAAGGGUGGUUCCUCCUCUGCUAAAGUUGAUUCUGGUUCUGCUAGUGAAGUGUUGACUGAAAUUCAAGGGCUAAUAGCUACUGUUAAUGAACAUUUUAGUUCAACAACUCAGUCUCUUGACAUUCUCAGAAAAUUUGUGGAUGUUGUUGACUAUAAAGUGAGUCACCUGCUCACUCAAAAUGAGGAGUUAAAGAAGCUGAUUCUGGCUCUUCAGCAGGCCAAGGGACUUGGAGUUCCAACUAAAGUUGAUGUUGGUACUCAGGUUUCUGCUGAUAAGGGAGAAAGCAACAAAGUUGAAGAGUCUCCUGCUGAUAUGGCAUGUGAAAGUGGUAAACUUGCUGAAGCAGAAUUUGAACCUGUAGUGGAUGCCCCUGAUGAACAAGCUAGUGACCAGAUUCUUGAACCUAAGAUUGGUCCUACAACUGAUGUACCUCCUGACCUUGAUGGUAAAAAAGUUGUAGCAACUGAAAGUGAGUUGCCAAAGGACAGUGAGACGGUUCUAGAAUCUGAACAAGCUGUUGAACCUCCACCUGCACCAUCAGUUGAGCCAGCUGCUAUUCCUACGCAACACCAGGAACCUUCUGUAAAAGAUCACCAAGCUAGUGCUCAAACUCAGCUAUCUGCAGUUGCUGCCCCUGCAGCAAAGAAAGAUGAUGAGGCCGAGAAAAAUGAUGAAGUGGCUGACCAAGCACCUCCGGCUCCUGUUAUUAAACUGCCUAGGAAGAAAAUGGUGCCUUCAAAAUCCACUCAGAGGGAGAAUGGUUGGAGAUGUGAAUAUGUGUUGAUGAACAAGAGACUAUGGAAAUGUGUUGAUAUACUUGAUAAGUGUGAUGAUAUGUGA